AUGACCGACUUUGGACCGCGCGCCCCUCAUGGGCCUGAUAUGACCGGCACUCACAACCCGCUAGAGGACAUGGAUAUCAACGAGAAGGGUGCUUUCGACUCACUGAUUCGUCCCGAGGACAGCUAUAACCCCAAGGGCGUCUACUGGGCCGAUCUCCCCAUUGGCCAGAAGAUCAAAUUCGUUAGCUCCUACGAUGCUGGCGAGGCCAAGCGUGAGCUUGGUACCAUCUGGUCCAUGAUGAAGGAGGACCCUCUUUCACCUGUUUCAUAUUACUUCCGCAACAUGGUUCUGCCCGGUGCCGGACUCGGUCUCGAGGGUUACGUGCUCUUCUCCAUUGGAAACAUCAAGCCUCUGUUCGAGAAGACCUUCCCCUCGUGCUGGGACACCCACGAGAUUUGCGAUGAGCAAUGGACGAAUGCGGUGGAUUAUCUCGAGAUUAUUGGUAUCAUCUGCGGCCAGAUCUUGGUCGGUGUGAUUGGUGACUGGAUCGGACGUCGCUGGGGUCUGAUUCAGGAUGCGACCAUUAUGUUUAUUGGUUUGCUGAUGUUGACCGCCGCCUGGGGUGUGACCCAGAACGGCUGGGUUAUCUGCUAUGCUUGGUCGCUUUUCUUCUACAGUGUUGGUGUUGGUGGCGAGUACCCCAUGACUGCGACCAGCGGUAUGGAGAAUGCCGUCGGGUCGGGCAAGAUCUCGACGAAGGACGAUCGCCUUCACCGUGGCCGCAAGGUUACCAGCGCCUUCUUGAUGCAGGGCUGGGGCCAGUUCGCAAACCAGGUUAUUCUGAUCAUCCUCCUGCUCUGCUUCCACCACGGUAGCGGUAAUAACCCUUACUCCGCCGUGUCCACCCAGUGGACCUACCGUAUCUCUUUCGCCAUUCCCGCCGUCGGGACCCUGUGGCUCGUCUACUACCGUGCCUACCACAUGAAGGCGGCUAGCAAGCAGCUUGCUGCGGCUAAGAAGAAGGCCUCCGUGACCGGUUAUGAUGUUGACUCUCUGCGCCUUACCUUCAAGUACUUCGGCCCUCGCCUGAUCGCGACCGCUGGCGGCUGGUUCGCCAACGAUGUUUUCUUCUACGGAAACAAGCUGUUUCAAAGCGAGUUCAUCUCCGUUAUCAGCCCCGCGACCGACUCGGUGAUGCCCACCUGGUUGUGGAACCUGGUCAACGUCGGCGUCUCUCUCGUCGGCUACUACAUGGCUUCAUUCUUUAUUGACAAUAAGCUGUACGGCCGCAAGUGGAUGCAAACCUUCGGUUUCCUUAUGUGCUUCGUUCUGUUCGUCGUCCCUGCCUUCCACUACGAGUACUACACCACGGGCGAGCACAUCAAGGAGUUCCAGGCCAUGUACUUCCUGAGUUCCUUCUUCAACCAGUUUGGUCCCAACUGUGUCACUUUCCUGGUUGCGGCUGAGGUCUUCCCCACUCCCAUCCGUGCUACUGCCCACGGUAUCUCUGCUGCGGCCGGAAAGUCCGGUGCUCUCCUGGCCUCAGUCUUGUACAACUACAUCGACACCCAGACCAAGUUCUACGUCGUUCCCUGGUUCGGCCUGGCCGGUAUGGUUCUGACUCUGGCUUUCCUGCCCGACACCACUGGUCUUGAUCUCAAGGAGCAGGAGCGUCGCUGGCAAUUCUUGCGCGAGGGUCGCGAGGAGGAAUACCACGGCGCCGCUGUGCACCCCGCUCACCUGUCUUGGUAUGAGCGCUUCGUUCUCCGCAAGUGCCGCUUCUACGACGCCGAGAAGGACUACCAGCAGAAGGUCGAGGAGUACCGCCUGGAGUGGGAAGCCGCCAUGGCCCAGAAGAUUCAAGAGCAGGACAAGGCGGACACCCUCAAUGACACUGACGACACCUUGCUCGAGGGCCAUGUCCACACCUACUUCCACCGCACCAGCCCCAUGUUCAAGGGCCAGGAGAAGCUCGGUGGAAGGCAGGACAACUUCACUUUGCCCCCUCCUGCCGAGGGUGCUUCUCAAGGAUCUUCCUUGAAUGAAAAGUCGCCCUAG